AUGUUGGUCAACGGUUGUCCACUAAAGGAUGCUUGCAUUUUAUCUGAUAACUCAACGCUAACAGUUGGGGAUCGUCAGUUUCGAUUCAUCUACCCUUCAAUUCAAAAAAUUGCAACUUAUGAGUCUGUAUGUGCAGCAUCUAAGUUGGCUACAAAUCAAAAUGUCAAUGAGAACAUUUUUACUCCAGACUCACUGCCAAUAGUUUAUCCGCCCAAACGUACCGCUUCUAGAAAAUUACUAGUUAGUCCUGCGGCUAACUCUCCACGGCCAAGAUCUGCAACUCCAAAAAGAACCUUAGGAACUAGAGAACGUUACGGCCCUGUUCCUCCGCGCCAACCUAAUACUCCACCAGUAAUCCAAGUACUACGUCAUCAGAGUUCAUCACAGUCAAAAAUGCAGUCGUUAUCGCAAAGUAAAGAUGACCGAUUUACCAGGCAAAGUGUAGUAGAUGGCUUUGUUAGUACUUACGCACCAAAGUCACAGAAUAAGGAUGAUCAUUCGAAGUCUUACACUACCUGUGAUUUGCCACCUUUAACUUCGUCUACACCAGGAAGUCUGCUUUUUUCUAGUGAUCUAAAAUCAAAACAAAGUGACCGUACUCUCAUUUCAUCUACACCACCUGUCAAUCAAUUCAACUCCAAAGUCAAAGAAAACAAGUAUUCACCUGGAUUCAGGAAAAGCUUUCAUAAGCUACUCAUCUUGAAUGAGUCAUCUAACCUUUCGAAAUCUCAUGAAGUGGAUCGUUUUUGCGAUAGAUCAAAAUAUAUAGAGAAGCAGCCGGAAAAACAUAAAACUUCAUUUGAUCAACCUGAAAGUAAAUCGUUUCGCAAUACAUCAGCAGUUCAUCAUGCAACUGAAAGCCCAUGCAAUCGUUUUGUUCGAGUAACUAAACAACAUUCGAAUUCGCUAAAAUUUAUGAACGUGAAGUCACCUGUAAAUUCACUUAAAAAUAAAAGUAAAACCCCGUCAAAAGAAGUAGGAUUGCAGUCUAAUUAUCUUAAUAGCGAUGACAAAAGUGGCAUACUUGAUGAAAUUUAUCCUAUCGAUGAAGGUGUAUCUCCUGUUAAACGCCGUAGAGGGGUUUCAUUUGGUCCACCUCUAAGCCCCGAGCAAUUCGAUAAAUCACUGCCUCCAUCUACUCCUGUUAAGCGAGGAGAAACUCCGAUGAACAAAGUCAAACCCACCCCAGUCAAAAAGUCAUCCACUCACCGCAUAAACUUCAAAAGACGUUCUCUUGACCUUGCUGAGUCCACAGAAGAAUUCCCGUCGCCACGUGCACCUCCUACCACACCCGUGUCGGUCAAACUAACGGAACCAACAAAUGAAAGCAAUAUAGCACAGAGUAAAGAAAAUGUAACAAAACCUUAUCUAAGUAAACGAGACAAACUCUCGACACCAGUUUCCGCAGAACCCUUAAGACUUUCGAACGACUCAUCAAUUGAAUCAGCUGUCAGUGUCGAUCAAACCCACGUCGAGCCAAGUAAGAUAACAAAUGAUUUUAAAACGAAAACUAUGCGAGGAAUUCCUAAUUCCAAUCACCCACUUUACACCAACAAGAAGAAUGAAAUCCUGAACAGCUCAAAAGCUAAUACUUUGAAUUUGAAGAAAAAAUAUUCAUCAUUCUCAUCCGAAAUACAAAAACUCUUAUCCACCUACGACCUCUCAAUGAGAGUAAAUCAAGAAAAGCAGUACAAAACAUCACGCAUUCUCUGCAAAAGAGUAUCCCUACCCGUCACCAAAACAUCGGAAAUACAGCCUACGGUGGAAUUGACCGGCACGCGACAACAAAAAUCAAAUCCCAACAAGCGAAGAUGCACCUCUGUACCAUCAAUUAUCAACCCCUCGAAACCGUUGCAGAAACCUACUCCUAAUACUCCUAAAAACACCAGCACUCUGAAAAAGACUUCCAGAACCGCGAUCACUCACGUAGCAUCUAUUGUUGAUGAUUCGUCUGUGGUGGAGUCUAGUGUGAAGCGACGUCGUGGUCGUCCGUCGUCAGUGCCUUCGAGUGGUGUUGUUUUGGAGGAGGAUGUGGUUGCGACUCCGGAGAAGAGGUUGUCACCAGUGUUGAAGAGUGUUGGUUAUAGUGGUGUUCGGAGGUUGAUGAAGACUCCUAGUACUACUGUGCAUACUCCUGUAGUAUCUGAUGUUGGUGAUUCGUCUGUGGUGGAGUCUAGUGUGAAGCGACGUCGUGGUCGUCCGUCGUCAGUGCCUUCGAGUGGUGUUGUUUUGGAGGAGGAUGUGGUUGCGACUCCGGAGAAGAGGUUGUCACCAGUGUUGAAGAGUGUUGGUUAUAGUGGUGUUCGGAGGUUGAUGAAGACUCCUAGUACUACUGUGCAUACUCCUGUAGUAUCUGAUGUUGGUGAUUCGUCUGUGGUGGAGUCUAGUGUGAAGCGACGUCGUGGUCGUCCGUCGUCAGUGCCUUCGAGUGGUGUUGUUUUGGAGGAGGAUGUGGUUGCGACUCCGGAGAAGAGGUUGUCACCAGUGUUGAAGAGUGUUGGUUAUAGUGGUGUUCGGAGGUUGAUGAAGACUCCUAGUACUACUGUGCAUACUCCUGUAGUAUCUGAUGUUGGUGAUUCGUCUGUGGUGGAGUCUAGUGUGAAGCGACGUCGUGGUCGUCCGUCGUCAGUGCCUUCGAGUGGUGUUGUUUUGGAGGAGGAUGUGGUUGCGACUCCGGAGAAGAGGUUGUCACCAGUGUUGAAGAGUGUUGGUUAUAGUGGUGUUCGGAGGUUGAUGAAGACUCCUAGUACUACUGUGCAUACUCCUGUAGUAUCUGAUGUUGGUGAUUCGUCUGUGGUGGAGUCUAGUGUGAAGCGACGUCGUGGUCGUCCGUCGUCAGUGCCUUCGAGUGGUGUUGUUUUGGAGGAGGAUGUGGUUGCGACUCCGGAGAAGAGGUUGUCACCAGUGUUGAAGAGUGUUGGUUAUAGUGGUGUUCGGAGGUUGAUGAAGACUCCUAGUACUACUGUGCAUACUCCUGUAGUAUCUGAUGUUGGUGAUUCGUCUGUGGUGGAGUCUAGUGUGAAGCGACGUCGUGGUCGUCCGUCGUCAGUGCCUUCGAGUGGUGUUGUUUUGGAGGAGGAUGUGGUUGCGACUCCGGAGAAGAGGUUGUCACCAGUGUUGAAGAGUGUUGGUUAUAGUGGUGUUCGGAGGUUGAUGAAGACUCCUAGUACUACUGUGCAUACUCCUGUAGUAUCUGAUGUUGGUGAUUCGUCUGUGGUGGAGUCUAGUGUGAAGCGACGUCGUGGUCGUCCGUCGUCAGUGCCUUCGAGUGGUGUUGUUUUGGAGGAGGAUGUGGUUGCGACUCCGGAGAAGAGGUUGUCACCAGUGUUGAAGAGUGUUGGUUAUAGUGGUGUUCGGAGGUUGAUGAAGACUCCUAGUACUACUGUGCAUACUCCUGUAGUAUCUGAUGUUGGUGAUUCGUCUGUGGUGGAGUCUAGUGUGAAGCGACGUCGUGGUCGUCCGUCGUCAGUGCCUUCGAGUGGUGUUGUUUUGGAGGAGGAUGUGGUUGCGACUCCGGAGAAGAGGUUGUCACCAGUGUUGAAGAGUGUUGGUUAUAGUGGUGUUCGGAGGUUGAUGAAGACUCCUAGUACUACUGUGCAUACUCCUGUAGUAUCUGAUGUUGGUGAUUCGUCUGUGGUGGAGUCUAGUGUGAAGCGACGUCGUGGUCGUCCGUCGUCAGUGCCUUCGAGUGGUGUUGUUUUGGAGGAGGAUGUGGUUGCGACUCCGGAGAAGAGGUUGUCACCAGUGUUGAAGAGUGUUGGUUAUAGUGGUGUUCGGAGGUUGAUGAAGACUCCUAGUACUACUGUGCAUACUCCUGUAGUAUCUGAUGUUGGUGAUUCGUCUGUGGUGGAGUCUAGUGUGAAGCGACGUCGUGGUCGUCCGUCGUCAGUGCCUUCGAGUGGUGUUGUUUUGGAGGAGGAUGUGGUUGCGACUCCGGAGAAGAGGUUGUCACCAGUGUUGAAGAGUGUUGGUUAUAGUGGUGUUCGGAGGUUGAUGAAGACUCCUAGUACUACUGUGCAUACUCCUGUAGUAUCUGAUGUUGGUGAUUCGUCUGUGGUGGAGUCUAGUGUGAAGCGACGUCGUGGUCGUCCGUCGUCAGUGCCUUCGAGUGGUGUUGUUUUGGAGGAGGAUGUGGUUGCGACUCCGGAGAAGAGGUUGUCACCAGUGUUGAAGAGUGUUGGUUAUAGUGGUGUUCGGAGGUUGAUGAAGACUCCUAGUACUACUGUGCAUACUCCUGUAGUAUCUGAUGUUGGUGAUUCGUCUGUGGUGGAGUCUAGUGUGAAGCGACGUCGUGGUCGUCCGUCGUCAGUGCCUUCGAGUGGUGUUGUUUUGGAGGAGGAUGUGGUUGCGACUCCGGAGAAGAGGUUGUCACCAGUGUUGAAGAGUGUUGGUUAUAGUGGUGUUCGGAGGUUGAUGAAGACUCCUAGUACUACUGUGCAUACUCCUGUAGUAUCUGUUGUUGCUGAUUCGUCUGUGGUGGAGUCUAGUGUGAAGCGACGUCGUGGUCGUCCGUCGUCAGUGCCUUCGAGUGGUGUUGUUUUGGAGGAGGAUGUGGUUGCGACUCCGGAGAAGAGGUUGUCACCAGUGUUGAAGAGUGUUGGUUAUAGUGGUGUUCGGAGGUUGAUGAAGACUCCUAGUACUACUGUGCAUACUCCUGUAGUAUCUGAUGUUGGUGAUUCGUCUGUGGUGGAGUCUAGUGUGAAGCGACGUCGUGGUCGUCCGUCGUCAGUGCCUUCGAGUGGUGUUGUUUUGGAGGAGGAUGUGGUUGCGACUCCGGAGAAGAGGUUGUCACCAGUGUUGAAGAGUGUUGGUUAUAGUGGUGUUCGGAGGUUGAUGAAGACUCCUAGUACUACUGUGCAUACUCCUGUAGUAUCUGAUGUUGGUGAUUCGUCUGUGGUGGAGUCUAGUGUGAAGCGACGUCGUGGUCGUCCGUCGUCAGUGCCUUCGAGUGGUGUUGUUUUGGAGGAGGAUGUGGUUGCGACUCCGGAGAAGAGGUUGUCACCAGUGUUGAAGAGUGUUGGUUAUAGUGGUGUUCGGAGGUUGAUGAAGACUCCUAGUACUACUGUGCAUACUCCUGUAGUAUCUGAUGUUGGUGAUUCGUCUGUGGUGGAGUCUAGUGUGAAGCGACGUCGUGGUCGUCCGUCGUCAGUGCCUUCGAGUGGUGUUGUUUUGGAGGAGGAUGUGGUUGCGACUCCGGAGAAGAGGUUGUCACCAGUGUUGAAGAGUGUUGGUUAUAGUGGUGUUCGGAGGUUGAUGAAGACUCCUAGUACUACUGUGCAUACUCCUGUAGUAUCUGAUGUUGGUGAUUCGUCUGUGGUGGAGUCUAGUGUGAAGCGACGUCGUGGUCGUCCGUCGUCAGUGCCUUCGAGUGGUGUUGUUUUGGAGGAGGAUGUGGUUGCGACUCCGGAGAAGAGGUUGUCACCAGUGUUGAAGAGUGUUGGUUAUAGUGGUGUUCGGAGGUUGAUGAAGACUCCUAGUACUACUGUGCAUACUCCUGUAGUAUCUGAUGUUGGUGAUUCGUCUGUGGUGGAGUCUAGUGUGAAGCGACGUCGUGGUCGUCCGUCGUCAGUGCCUUCGAGUGGUGUUGUUUUGGAGGAGGAUGUGGUUGCGACUCCGGAGAAGAGGUUGUCACCAGUGUUGAAGAGUGUUGGUUAUAGUGGUGUUCGGAGGUUGAUGAAGACUCCUAGUACUACUGUGCAUACUCCUGUAGUAUCUGAUGUUGGUGAUUCGUCUGUGGUGGAGUCUAGUGUGAAGCGACGUCGUGGUCGUCCGUCGUCAGUGCCUUCGAGUGGUGUUGUUUUGGAGGAGGAUGUGGUUGCGACUCCGGAGAAGAGGUUGUCACCAGUGUUGAAGAGUGUUGGUUAUAGUGGUGUUCGGAGGUUGAUGAAGACUCCUAGUACUACUGUGCAUACUCCUGUAGUAUCUGAUGUUGGUGAUUCGUCUGUGGUGGAGUCUAGUGUGAAGCGACGUCGUGGUCGUCCGUCGUCAGUGCCUUCGAGUGGUGUUGUUUUGGAGGAGGAUGUGGUUGCGACUCCGGAGAAGAGGUUGUCACCAGUGUUGAAGAGUGUUGGUUAUAGUGGUGUUCGGAGGUUGAUGAAGACUCCUAGUACUACUGUGCAUACUCCUGUAGUAUCUGAUGUUGGUGAUUCGUCUGUGGUGGAGUCUAGUGUGAAGCGACGUCGUGGUCGUCCGUCGUCAGUGCCUUCGAGUGGUGUUGUUUUGGAGGAGGAUGUGGUUGCGACUCCGGAGAAGAGGUUGUCACCAGUGUUGAAGAGUGUUGGUUAUAGUGGUGUUCGGAGGUUGAUGAAGACUCCUAGUACUACUGUGCAUACUCCUGUAGUAUCUGAUGUUGGUGAUUCGUCUGUGGUGGAGUCUAGUGUGAAGCGACGUCGUGGUCGUCCGUCGUCAGUGCCUUCGAGUGGUGUUGUUUUGGAGGAGGAUGUGGUUGCGACUCCGGAGAAGAGGUUGUCACCAGUGUUGAAGAGUGUUGGUUAUAGUGGUGUUCGGAGGUUGAUGAAGACUCCUAGUACUACUGUGCAUACUCCUGUAGUAUCUGAUGUUGGUGAUUCGUCUGUGGUGGAGUCUAGUGUGAAGCGACGUCGUGGUCGUCCGUCGUCAGUGCCUUCGAGUGGUGUUGUUUUGGAGGAGGAUGUGGUUGCGACUCCGGAGAAGAGGUUGUCACCAGUGUUGAAGAGUGUUGGUUAUAGUGGUGUUCGGAGGUUGAUGAAGACUCCUAGUACUACUGUGCAUACUCCUGUAGUAUCUGAUGUUGGUGAUUCGUCUGUGGUGGAGUCUAGUGUGAAGCGACGUCGUGGUCGUCCGUCGUCAGUGCCUUCGAGUGGUGUUGUUUUGGAGGAGGAUGUGGUUGCGACUCCGGAGAAGAGGUUGUCACCAGUGUUGAAGAGUGUUGGUUAUAGUGGUGUUCGGAGGUUGAUGAAGACUCCUAGUACUACUGUGCAUACUCCUGUAGUAUCUGAUGUUGGUGAUUCGUCUGUGGUGGAGUCUAGUGUGAAGCGACGUCGUGGUCGGCGUGCGUCGGUGUCUUCACGGGUUGAGGUGUCAUCAGAGGUUGUGAAAAAGCUGCGCGGUGGCGUGCGGUCACGUUCGAAAAAUGGCUGUGGUAUUGGUCUCGUUUUAGGAAAUAUGUCUACGGCUGUCUCCAAUUACGGGACUGAUUCUGUUGUUGUUUCUUCUGUGUCGGAAAGGGUGAGGCGUCGGCCGUCAGCUAGGGUUAGGUUUAGGCCUUCUGUUGUGGCUUCGUCUGUUGCCAGUAAGCUAGUCCCUUGUGACGUUGUGGUUGUGAGAGAUUGUGAUGAUAGAAAGCCUUUGGUGAAAUUGACUGCACUGAAAUCGAUUUCUGGUGACGAUAGUGUUUCAGUUGGUCGGCUACUUCGUUCGAGGAAGGGGGUUGUAGUGGUUAAUUCGACUGCUGGAAUUCGCGUCAGAAAUUCGAAACUUAGUAAGAAUGGUGAUGAUGUUUUGUCUCCAGUGUCUUCAUUUGUUAGUGUUCCUGUUCCUGUAGUAAGUGCUGAUGUUUCCUCUGUUGAUGGUAUGCUUUUGGGGAGGCCGCUUCGUAGUCGAAAGGGUACGCGGAAGUCAGCUUUGGAAAGUAUGUUUCAGAAUUCAAAUCCUGAUUUGGUAUCUGACUCAUCUAAGGUUGUAUCAAAGGGAGUGCGUGGAAGAAUCAGGCGCUCAAAUGUGCAGAUUUCACUGGAGUCCCUACCAAAACAGAAUAGCUUCUUACCUACUGAAACACGAACAGGUGGACUACACUGUUCUAGAUCUACUUUGAAACGUAAGAAACUUGGUGGAAAUAUUGAUGAAUCUGGUGAGGAACAUGAUUCUGUUAUGGAUCGGUCUGGUCGAAGGCGAAAGCUUGUUGCUACUGCGAAACCUGUUUCUGAAAGAGCGACAGAAUCUUGUGAAUUGAAUUCUUUAGGUUCUGUUGAUGCCGGUGUCGUUGGGUUUGACUCAACUGAACUAGUCAAAUCAGCGAAGAAGUCUGACAUUCCAAAGUUUACAGAGAGUGUAUCUAAAAGGCAAAUGUCUCUUCGUGUUAGGCCAUCGAAGGUAGAGUUAAGUAAGAAGAAGAAUACUUCAAAAGACACAUUGGUUCCGGCGGCAAAUAUUUCGCAGCAUGCCACUGUCAUUAACCAGGAAACCUCAAGCAUUACAUUGGGUUCAAGGAGUUUGAAUUCAGUGGCUCCGAUGAAAGAUUCUCACCGUGUACGGGACGUCAAGUGUAAAGCGAAUAGAAAUAAACGUCCACUUGUGAAAUUUGAUGAUGAUGAUGAUUUACCGAAAAAGCGUGUGCUUCGUUCUCGUGAGGUGAUAUGUACUCUUCAGAAAGCAGAUUUAUCAAAUGAAGCCACAAUAUUGGGAUCAGGUACAGAAUGUAGUAAAAGUAAGAGAGGGAAACGAAAAUGUGAAACUACUAGUAAUACACCAGUAUUGAUGAAUAAAAGACCUAAGAAAUCUGUUAAAUCUCAAAAAUCUCCAACUCCUAUCCGAUUAACUCGAUCAAAGAUGACUACGCGUUAG